AUGCUGGGAGUCGUAGUCCCGGCUGGCAGCGUCCGGAAGGACGAGAGGGCACGGGAGCCCGCCCUUGUGGCUACUGGGGGUCACGUUCCCUGACUGAUCCCUUGGUUCUCUCGGGUGGAGACUUCAGCGUGCACGGCGGGAUUUGACUUUGCCACCGUCUCUCUUCUGGGUUUCAAUAAAGUUUUCCUCUUCCUCUCCUCGUACGGAGUUCAAGAUGGCGGCCUCCUGGUCGCUCUUGGUUACCCUGCGCCCCUUAGCACAGAGCCCGCUGAGAGGGAGAUGUGUUGGGUGCGGGGCCUGGGCCGCCGCUCUCGCUCCUCUGGCCACCGCCCCUGGGAAGCCCCUUUGGAAAGCCUAUACGGUUCAGACAUCCGAGAGCGUGACCCCAACUGCCACUUCAGAGACUUAUUUGAAAGCUUUGGCCGUUUGCCAUGGACCUCUGGACCACUAUGAUUUUCUGAUCAAAGCUCAUGAGCUAAAGGAUGAUGAACAUCAAAGAAGAGUCAUACAGUGUUUGCAGAAAUUACACGAGGACCUUAAAGGAUACAAUAUAGAGGCAGAAGGCCUUUUUUCAAAGCUUUUUUCAAGAAGCAAACCUCCAAGGGGCCUGUAUGUUUAUGGAGAUGUUGGUACAGGAAAAACAAUGGUGAUGGACAUGUUUUAUGCUUAUGUGGAAAUGAAGAGGAAAAAACGGGUUCAUUUUCAUGGUUUCAUGCUAGAUGUGCACAAAAGAAUACAUCGCCUUAAACAGAGUUUGCCAAAAAGGAAACCAGGAUUUAUGGCUAAAUCAUAUGACCCAAUAGCUCCCAUAGCCGAAGAAAUCAGCGAAGAAGCAUGUCUCCUAUGUUUCGAUGAAUUUCAGGUCACUGACAUUGCUGAUGCCAUGAUUCUGAAACAGCUUUUUGAAAAUCUGUUCAAAAACGGGGUCGUCGUUGUGGCGACAUCCAACAGGCCACCGGAAGAUCUCUAUAAAAAUGGACUCCAAAGAGCUAACUUUGUACCAUUCAUAGCAGUCUUGAAGGAAUAUUGUAAUACAGUCCAGCUAGAUUCUGGGAUAGAUUACCGGAAAAGGGAACUUCCUGCUGCAGGAAAACUCUACUACCUCACAAGUGAAGCUGAUGUGGAGGCUGUCAUGGAUAAGUUGUUUGAUGAGCUGGCUCAGAAACAAAAUGAUUUAACUAGACCAAGGAUUCUAAAAGUGCAAGGCAGAGAGCUGUGCCUGAAUAAAGCCUGUGGAACCGUUGCCGACUGCACAUUUGAAGAGCUGUGUGAGAGACCACUUGGAGCCAGUGACUAUUUGGAACUAUCAAAGAAUUUUGAUACAAUAUUUUUACGAAACAUUCCGCAGUUUACUCUGGCAAACAGGACUCAAGGUCGAAGAUUCAUAACUCUCAUUGAUAACUUUUAUGAUCUCAAGGUGCGUAUAAUUUGCUCUGCGUCGACUCCUAUAUCAAGCUUAUUUUUGCAUCAACAUCAUGACAGUGAGUUGGAGCAAAGCAGAAUACUGAUGGAUGAUUUGGGGCUGAGCCAGGAUUCAGCAGAAGGACUUUCCAUGUUUACCGGAGAAGAGGAAAUCUUUGCAUUUCAGCGCACGAUUUCCCGACUCACGGAAAUGCAGACUGAACAGUAUUGGAACGAAGGAGACAGAACCAAGAAGUAACUGUCACUUUUGCAUAAAUAAAUUCUAGACAAAUGGCUAA